GGAAUUCCAAUGAUUAAUUGAUUAUAUAAAAAAAGGUUUGCAAUAAAUUGACUAAUCAAUAAAUAAAUAAUACCAGCUCUAUGAGAGUGAAGAUUUGCCACUGAACAUUAUCGAUUGUAUGUGGAAUGGUGUGGACACUGAAAUAUUAAAAGACAGCUUUGGUAUUAUUAUUUUCCUGUUUUUGCAUGUGACUGUAAUGGUGGGAAACGUGUAUUACAUGACACCUAGGCAUGGAUGUAUCCAUGCACUCAGGCAUGGUGACUCCUGAGUCUAAUAAUGUAUGCAGACCUGGAUCAUGGACGCAUUUGGGGGAAGGGAUGCCGAGCUUCCCUGCGUCUGACGUCACGACGCUGGAGAGAGAGGAGGCGAUGAGAGGAAGCUGCAAUAAACACACAGGGCGUCUGCGCCUAUCUAAGUAGGACAAUAAAGUGAAAACGGCAUCAAUGCUCUAAUAAUGGAUUUGUCAGAUAUGCUUCUUCUUAAAGUUUUCCUCUUUGUGUACUUACUUAACUACACCCAAGGACACUAUAGAAACCCCCUGAAUAAGUACAUUCGUCACUAUGAGGGUCUGUCUUACGACACAGAGCUUAUUCACAGCAACCAUCAGAGGGCCAAGAGGGCACUCUCUCAUGAAGACAAGUUUCUUCAUUUAGAUUUUCACGCCCAUGGAAGGCAUUUUAAUUUACGAAUGAAGAGAGAUACCACCUUGUUCUCCCAAGAUUUGAAGGUGGACGUCUCAGGAGAAGAAAUUCCAUUUGAUACCUCUCAUAUCUACACUGGAGAAAUCUACGGUGAGAAAGGCACCCUGACUCAUGGCUCCAUUGUGGAUGGUAAGUUUGAGGGCUUCAUUCAGAGCUACCAAGGCACCUACUAUGUGGAGCCCGCUGAGAGAUACCUGGAGGGCAAAGACGUGCCCUUCCACUCUGUCAUCUACCAUGAAGACGACAUACACUACCCGCACAAGUACGGCCCAGAGGGAGGCUGUGCUGAUAGCUCGGUGUUUGAAAGGAUGAAGAAGUACCAAGCCAGUGCCGUAGAGGAGCCACCCAAGGAGCUCCAUACUGAGGCUGACUUUAAUGAGCCCGUGCUGCUGAGGAGGAAGAGGAUGGCCCAGGUAGAGAAAAACACCUGCCAGCUGUUCAUUCAGACUGACCACCUCUUCUACAAGUACUACAAGACCAGAGAGGCUGUCAUAGCUCAGAUCUCCAGCCAUGUCAAAGCGAUCGAUGCUAUCUAUCAGGGCACAGACUUCAUGGGCAUCCGCAACAUCAGCUUCAUGGUGAAAAGGAUCAGGAUAAACACCACCAGUGAUGAGAGGGACAGGUCCAACCCGUUCCGCUUUGCCAACAUCGGCGUGGAGAAGUUCCUGGAGCUGAACUCAGAACAGAACCACGAUGACUACUGCUUGGCCUACGUUUUCACCGACAGAGACUUUGAUGACGGGGUGUUGGGUUUGGCCUGGGUUGGAGCCCCCUCAGGGAGCUCCGGGGGAAUCUGUGAAAAAAGCAAGCUGUACUCAGACGGAAAAAAGAAGUCUCUCAACACUGGUAUAAUCACUGUACAGAACUACGCCUCCCACGUACCUCCAAAAGUCUCCCAUAUCACUUUUGCACAUGAAGUAGGCCACAACUUCGGCUCCCCACAUGACUCUGGAUCUGAGUGCACCCCAGGUGAAUCCAAGAGUCAAGACAAGAAGGAGAAGGGCAAUUAUAUCAUGUAUGCAAGAGCCACAUCAGGAGACAAGCUCAACAAUAAUAAGUUCUCCAUCUGCAGCGUGCGAAACAUCAGCCAGGUGUUGGAGAAAAAGAGAAGCAACUGUUUUGUCGAGUCUGGUCAGCCCAUCUGUGGUAACGGCCUGGUGGAGCCAGGAGAGGAGUGUGACUGUGGCUACAGCGAUCAGUGCAGGGACCAGUGCUGCUAUGACGCCAACCAGCAUGAUAGCAAGAAGUGCAAAUUAAAGCCCAACAAAGUCUGCAGUCCCAGUCAGGGUCCUUGCUGCACCGCUGAGUGCACUCACAAGGGUCGUAAUGAGAAGUGCAGAGAGGAGUCAGAGUGCGCUCAUCAGGGCAUGUGUAACGGAGUCAGCGCCCAGUGUCCCACAUCGGAGCCAAAGGCCAAUUUCACCGCCUGCCACGGAGAGACUCAAGUCUGCCUCAACGGGGGCUGCUCUGGCUCCAUCUGUGAGAAGUAUGGGCUUGAGGCGUGCACCUGUGCCAGCCAAGAAGGCAAGGAUGAGACUGAGCUCUGCCACGUAUGCUGCAUGGAGAAGAUGAAUCCCAACACGUGCAGCAGUACAGGGUCGGAGCGUCUGGCUCGUUUCUUCAAUAAGAAAGUGACUACGCUGCCAGCCGGCUCACCUUGCAAUGACUUCAAGGGCUACUGCGACGUGUUCAUGAAGUGCCGUCUGGUGGAUGCAGACGGACCUCUUGCCAGACUGAAGAAGGCCAUCUUCAACCCAGAGCUGUAUGAGAACAUUGCCGAGUGGAUUGUGGCCCAUUGGUGGGCGGUGUUAUUGAUGGGUAUCGCUCUCAUCAUGCUCAUGGCUGGUUUCAUUAAGAUCUGCAGCGUACAUACACCGAGCAGUAACCCCAAACUCCCCCCUCCAAAACCACUUCCAGGCACUUUGAAGAGGCGGCGAGCACAGCAGCACGCUAGCUCCCAGGUGCAGCACCAGUCUCAGCACCCGCACUCCCACCAGCACGGCCACGGAGGCCACGGCGGGCACGGUGGGCACGGCGGGCACGGCGGCCAACGGCAACCCCAGAGGCAACCUCAGCGGCAGGCGCAGCCCCAGAGGCACCACCGUCAGCCCAGAGAGAACUAUCAGAUGGGCCAGAUGAGACGCUGAGACCCUGCAACACCCCGCCUCCCUCUUCCCCCCCUCCCCCAAUGCCUUGGCUCCUCCUUGUGCCUACAGUGGGAAAACAAAAGCAUCACUCCAUCCAAAGAAAAGCCUGACAUGGUUGUUAGUCAUCAUCAUAUCCUCCAUCUACAGACAAAAACAGACACGUGAAAAAGAGAAAACACUAUCUAGCAACUCGAUUGGCUCUUUGUGGAGUGGACUCAAACAUCAGCCAUUUCCAAUGCAGUGCGAUCUAGCAUCUUUUUCCACCAUUUUUUUUUUUUUUUUUUUGUCAUUUCUAAGGAGUGCCAAGGAGUUAAGGAAUCAUGUGUAGCUUUAGUACAUUCUGUGAUGUGUUUUUUUUUUUGUUUGUUUUUGUUUUUGUUUCUAUUGCAACGUCUUCAUGAGUGACACACCCGUGGCUGCUGGUGAAUUGUUCUGUGCUUUUCUUUCGCCAUUCUAGCCGGGGAAUGAGAGACACUCAGCGGGGAAUUUGCGGCACUUUUGUGAUUUACACAUGUCAAAAACGGCAAAAGACACAGGCUCCGGUCUCUCGUGCAGACAGUCUUCUGCAUGUGACUGUACAUAUUUAGUGUAUCAUAAGUGAAAACAAACUAUUUCUUCUACUGUAAAUGUGUAAUUCUUCACUUUUUUUCUUUGAUUUUUUUGGUUAGUGCUCUCAGGACUCUUAACACAUAAAUGAAGGAAUGAUGGUUGUGAUGAGUUCCUUGGACGUUGCCGUUCUGAGGAUUUGAUGCCAUUAAGUCCUCUGCGCAGUCGUCCAAUCAGGUGGAUCUCUUUCACUUUCGUUAGAUUGCUAGAAUUUGAACAAGGUCACCAUAUCCCACUUUUUAGGCCUUCUCUGUUCAAGGUCCCUUUUUUCAUCUUUUUUUUUUUUUUUUUAAUUUUAUUGUCUUGCUAACAUGUUUUGGUUGUGUUGUGUAACAAGCUAGAUAAAGUAUAGCGUCGUCGGAACAGAAAGGGAAGAUCUCCUGGCUUGAUACGACCUUUUUAUUGUCUUCACCGAUUUGUUUUUUUUUUGUUUUUUUUUUGAUAAUGAAGAAUGAAUAACCACUAACCGAAGCUGAUGAUGAUUCUACCUGUUCAAGUAUGAAGACAAGGGAAAGUGAAGGCUGCUGUGGCGUAGUUUAGAAGUGAGAGUGUAUCAUGUUACAAAGUUAGUUUAAGUGUGGAAAUAAAUUUUAAAAAUGACUCCAGUGUGGAUGUACAAAAAAAAAAAAAAGAUUAAAUAAUUCUAUUACUCUUCAGAUAGCGAAUCUAAGAACUUUUGUGGGCAUGCAGACACAUUUAUUAAAUGUGACUAUUAAUUGACCAAGGUCUGUAAUAUUUGUAUGUCGCUCAACACUAUUUACUUUGACAGCUAUUAAUGUUUAGUCUUAAAACAAAUGGAAGGAUCAGCAGUAUUUUCACACUGUUCACUAACACUCUCCGUACUGUGUUCACUAGUUUCACAGGAGACAAACAGCUGUUUGAUUUUUUUUUUUUGAUUUUUUUUUUUUUUCUUCCUAAAAUCUCACCUACAGUUUUUGCUCCUGGUCACAUUUCAUCAUGGACUGAAUCCCCUUAAGAGCUCAUGAGUUCAGACCUCAGUGUGAGUUUACAUCAGCGUGCCAUUAAAACUUUAUAAAGCUGAUAUUUGUUCACAGGUUUUAUAGAAUACAGGAAGCACCUGUAAGGUUUCCAGAUGGACGAAAUGAAGGAGAUGUGAUUGUUUUUUUGUUUUGUUUUGUUUGACCUCAGGUGUUUUUCUUCCUUCCCUCACUACAGCAGAGAGUGAGGGACUUUUUUGGAAAAUGAUAACGUGAUAACACUGAGAGAAGAUGUGUAUUAUGCAAAAUCCCAUGAUUUCACCUAAAAAAACAAAAAAAAAAAGGAAAAAAAAAUGUGUUGGCAAGUGGGUGAAAAGUGUGACAUUAACAAUAAAGCACAGGAUUUUGCGUUAUAUAUUGUGUAGUUGUAUUGAAAGUUGUUUUUUUUUUUUUUGUGCUCUGACUUUAUUUUAUCCUGGCUUUGUUUUUGUUUUUUUUUUGUUGUUUUUUUUUUUAAAUGCAUGCAAUACUAAUCACGACUAAUAUCUUACAAAACUGUCCUGAUGGUUAAAAACAAUCACACAUGUGCUCUGGAGGGGACCAUGAAAAAAAAAAAUGUGUCUCACAGCUAACAAUUAAUUCACGCGGCAGAUGAAUUAGGCAGGUCGACGGUUGCUAUAACUUCUCAUGUCUGUACAAAGCGGAACUCUUUUUAAAUUUCAUCUUCUAGGCUGGAUCUCGCCUGCGAAGCCUGGAGACUUUACAUGUAAACUUGUACAGUACUUCGAAAAAUUUGCAUUUCAUUUGAAAAAUGAAAAUUACAUUUUGAUACAUCUGUUCAUUUUUUUGUAUUCUAAUUCCAGAGUAAGUUGUUCAAAGAUGUUCAUAUGUGACAAACUUUCCUCUCUUCUAAGUUAUUUAUGUUCUUAUAUGUGCUAGUUGAACUGGAGUUUGCUUAUGAUACUUUUUUCUCCACCAUCAUCAAUGGUAAAAACAAUUCAGUGUGAUGGAGUUAAUGUUACAUUCUCAUUUUUGUCUUCGUUAUCCUGUGGCAUGGUUUGGGUAGAAGAGCAGAAGAAUAAUGCCUGUAAAUUUUACUUUCUUUUUAAUUUCAUAGUCUUGGUAAAAGUUUUUAGAUAAACGUGCACUGAAAUGUCCCAAUUGAGUUGAAAUGUUGUAGGUGAUGUAGGCCGAAAGAACACAAGAUUAAAAAGUAAUACUACUGUCUGAUUUUAAUGUUCACUGUGUUUUAUACAGUAUCGGAAAUUUUUGUUCACUUUGAACAUUUUUACUAAAAAAAAAAAAAAUUUCAAAUUGUAUUGUGCAAAGAGAUGUAAUUUUUGGAGUACUUGAAAUGCAUUAAUUAAAAGACUCGUUCAAAAUAAAAUAGACCCCUGUUUACUGUC